AUGUUUAUGCCGGAAUGGGAUGUACCUGGCGCGACGCCGAGAUACACACCAACUAGCUCAACCUAUUUCAGUACACCUGAGGAUAUGUAUCCGCCAGGAUUUCCACCGAGGGGUCAGUUCGCUGCUAACCCAAAUCGGGAUAUGCCAAGAGGAGACCAAGUUCGUGGAGAAGGCCCGAGUGAGCCGAAUGUACCAGAGACCCAGCAGACUCUUAAGAUGAUUCAAGACCUUUUGAAUCACAUGAUCCAGCAGCAGCAGAAUCAAGCAAAUCAGUCAUCAGAAGAUUCAUCAGACCAAUUCCUAAAAUGGGUAAUGAUGAUGAGAAACCUAGGACUUCCCAAGUUCAAGGGAGAUCUAAACAUGGUCUUAGCAGACGCGUGGAUAAAAGAAUUGGAGACUAAUUUUGAAAUGUCUAAAUGUCCGGAGGAGUUUAGGAGACCAGUCACGGUCAAAUUUCUACAAGAAGACGCUCGUGCAUGGUGGGAUAGCGUGGUUUCCCGCUAUCGAUUUCAGACUAUAUCAUGGGAUAUAUUCAAGAGGGAGUUUGAGCAGAAGUAUUUUCCACCAGAGUCGCGUGAUCGACUGGAAAAUCAGCUCUUGCGUUUGGAACAAGGUGAGAUGAGUGUUCGAGCAUAUGGGAGAGUCAUCACCCGACUACGGAGGUAUUUGUACCAGGGUAAUGACGAUGAGCUAGCCAUGGCUCGGAGGUUCUUUAAUGGACUCAGGCCAGAUAUAAAGGGAAGGUUGCACGCUGUGACAUACCGAAGUGUCGCAGAAGUGGAAGAGAGAGCAGUAAGUGUUGAGGAGGCCAUUGAGUCGGAGAAAGAAAUUAUGGCCCAAGAGAAAAAGAAAGAACCCGUGCAGCAGACUAAAGUUAUGAAUUCCUGGAAGGUGAAUCAAUUAGGACGAAAUUGGGGUGUAGGUCGUGGUAAAGUUAACAUGACUGUUAACCAAGGAGGACGUGCAGUGAAUAACAUGGAUCCCAGGGGAUGCUAUGUGUGUGGUCAAGUUGGGCAUUUUGCUCGAGCUUGCCCGACCGUUGUGGAAACUAAGAAUACGAGAACAUUACUUGUUGGUGGUAACCCCACACAUGUACUGUUCGAUUCGGGAGCGUCCAAUAUUUUUGUGACUCCCGAAGUGGUUGACAAGUUUGGAGACUUGUGUGAGGAAGAAGAAGUGAACAUCAACGUCUACACCGCUGGUAAUCAACCACCUUUGAAGACGAGAAGAUGGCUUAAGGAAGUGUCGAUAGUCUUGCAGGAUACAAACCUCCCGGUGAAUCCUCUAGUGAUGCCGUUGGAGAGGUUUGAUGCUAUUUCGGGAAUGGAUUGGUUGUCGGAGCACCAAGCCCAUAUAGACUGCAGUAGGAGCAGAGUUAUAUUUGAAAAUGGAGGUAGGACACCUCUAAUUUUCAAUGGAAUUAGCCCGAGUAAGACGGCGUACUUCGCAUCAGCAGUGAGGAUCGGAAGUUCGUUUGAUGAAGAAAGUGUGUACUUAGUCACUCCUACCGCCAUGGGAGGAGAUGACAAAGAAGGUUUGGGAGUUGAGGACAUUGCCAUAGUUAAGAACUAUGAGGACGUGUUUAAGCCAUUGGAAGGAUUGCCUCCACCAAGAAGCCAUCCUUUCACUAUAAAUCUUGAGCCUGGAGCUGUCCCUAUUGCUAAGGCACCGUAUCGCAUGGCACCAUCCGAGUUGGCUGAACUCAAGACUCAGUUAGAGGAUUUGUUGGAGAAGGGUUUUAUACGACCGAGUUCAUCGCCAUGGGGAGCCCCAGUGCUAUUUGUCAAGAAGAAGGACGGAAGCAUGCGUUUGUGUAUUGAUUACCGAGGAAUCAAUAACAUAACCAUCAAAGACAAGUAUCCGUUGCCACGGAUUGAUGAGCUGUUAGAUCAACUCAGAGGAGCAAGUUGGUUUUCGAAGAUUGAUUUAGCCUCUGGCUAUCAUCAAAUCUCAAUUGCGGAACAAGAUGUGAUGAAGACUGCCUUUCAAACAAGAUAUGGCCAGUACGAGUUCGUGGUGAUGCCGUUUGGACUUACCAACGCGCCAGCAACAUUCAUGCGGUUAAUGAAUGAAGUCUUCCAUGAUUAUUUGGAUCAAUUCGUGAUAAUAUUCAUCUAUGACAUCCUUAUAUACUCGCGGAGUGCGGAGGAGCACGCGGAGCAUUUGAAGAAAGUAUUGGAGAGAUUAAGGGAAAUGAAGCUGUUCGCAAAGUUCAGCAAGUGUAAGUUCUGGCAAAGAGAGAUUGGAUUUUUAGGACACCGAGUUUCGGAGCAAGGCGUGUCCGCUGAUCCAGAAAAGAUUGCCGCAGUUUAG